AACUGCCUUCUCGGUUUCAGUGGGCGAUGGAGAAACAAAUUUAGCAUAAAUCAAAAUGAGGGUUUGCGAUUUGCAUCGGCGUCGGGAAAGAUCUAUCGAGAGCUAUGAAGCCUGUGAUCGCUUCACCGCAAGAGGAGAAGAUCUCGACCUCUGAGAGUACCAUUCAAAAAGCAGUGUCUUCUGGAUUUAAGACAGCUCUAUUAACAGGUGCAAUUGCUGCUGUGCCUACGUUGGUUGGUUGUCGUGUUUUUCCAUGGGCUAAACAUAACCUCAACCACACUGCGCAAGCACUGAUCAUAUCAGCAGCAUCAAUUGCUGGCUUCUUCGUUACCGCUGACAAGAUCGUUCUAGCAAAUGCAAGAGGUAACACUAUUGGCAAAUAUGGUAAGUCUGAAUGACACAGUCCUCUCCUUUGGAUCGGAGACCAUGUGUUCAAGUUUCAUUUACAGAAUCUUUCCGGUGCUUUGUUUUCGCAAAAAUGUAAUGCAUUCCAUGCCAAGUCGUUUCGACUGUAAGCUUCAAUGCCUUUUCAGUUUCCCUCUGUUGAUUGUUGUGGUAAAAGAGAAGAUUUGAGUGACCAAACAUUUUAAUAAUUAUCUUUGUGAGUUGUUUCCAUUUUA